AUGGGCAAAACAUAUGGUCCGGUCAUGACAGUUUGGAUGGGUUCAUUGCCAGUUAUAGUCCUCACCGGCCAAGCUCCAAUCUGGGAGGCCCUGGUUAAUCAGGCCGUCAAUUUUUCUGGUCGGCGCUUAUUCUACUCUAGGCAAUUCAUUACUGCAUCUUACAGGACUAUAUUUAGCUCUCCCUACAACGAGCAUUGGAUUAAGCUCAGAAAACUUCUGCACAACAAUGUUCUCAGCCCAGCUCAUGUUGAACUUCAGAGCUCUUCUCACCAGGCAAGUGUGAAUAAACUCAUCAACAACUUAGAAAAGGAGAUGAAAGAGAACAAUGGCGUGGUGAGGCCCCUUCAUGCCUUGAAAAUGAUGGCAAUGAGUUUUAUUGCCCCCUUAUGCUUUGGCUUGGACUUUCAAGACGAUAACGUCCUGUCCAAGCUGGAAGAAUUCAUAGCUGAAGAUAUUAGCCUGACUAAAAGAGGAGAUACAUUUCUGGAUUUAUUUCCUCUUAGUCGCUUCUUUGUUCCUUCAUCAAUCAGAACUGAAAGGAAAUGGAAGUCUCUGCGAGAUGAUAUUCUGCAUCUCCUGUUGCCUUUUAUCCGAUUUGCUCGCAGUUAUAGAGAAUGCUUUAAGCGGUCUGCUCCCAGCAGUUUCUUGUAUUGUUUACUGUCCAUUGGAGAAGGGGAGGAGGCCGACCACAAAUCAAAGUUAUCCGAUGAAGAGAUAGCUUUCAAUUUGCAUGAGCUGUUCGUUCUUGCAGUAGACAGCACAUCCACGACCAUAGAAUGGGCUCUGGCUUACCUGAUAACCAACCCUCACAUCCAAGAGAGGGCUUUUCAAGAAAUAAGCCAAGCAGCGCAGGAAGGAAAAGGUGGGUUGUUAAGUUUUGAGGAUUUGAGGAAGCUUCCAUACUUACAAAGUGUGGUGAAGGAAACGGUGAGAAAAGAAUCGAUUGCCCCACUUGGGAUGUUUCACCAGACAGGAAACGAAUGUAAGGUGAUGGACAUCACCAUACCUGCAAACUCAGUAGUUCUCUUUAAUCUACACAGCGUGUCCAACGAUCCUGAGCUUUGGAAAGAGCCCGACGAGUUCAGGCCUGACAGAUUUCUCGACAAGAUUGAGUCGGAAAAGGUGAGAAUGGCAUAUCUUCCGUUUGGAGCAGGAAGGCGUGUGUGCGCAGGAAUGGACUUGGCCAGCGUGUAUGUUCCCAUCACUCUUGCCAGUUUACUUAAAUCAUUUGAGUGGGGAUGUGCGAAGGAAGGUAGUCUGCCUGAUCUUAGUCGGGAUGUUUCAAGUCUGCUCAUGUCCAUGAAGUAUCCAUUGGAAGCUCGAAUUACACCUCGCCCAUCAUGA